CAAAUAUUCACUCCCACACCAUGUACUUAAGUUUCAAAUUGCUUUAUUUCAACGAAUCAACGAACGUAUGGACUUGUAACGGGUAAACCGGAUACGUUUACGUAUCGUCGUCGCGUUGUCAGUAGAUAUAAACGCUGUGGACUCUCAGUUUAGCCGUCUAUGAAUUCAACAAGUUAACGAAUGAACUGUAGACCGUCGAAGCGUCGAUUGAACGUAGACCGUCUAUUUAAACCGUUCGUUAAUUCAACGCCCAUCGCUGUUGUGAAUAGUGAAAACAGUACCAAAUACAUUUAACGAGAUAUAUAGCAAUAAUGUACCAAUACUGUAUGAUAUGUUGGUAAAAUCAACAGUAAAAGCCAGACCUACUGUGCUAUGGUGUUAUAAAAAUAAAGAUGAAGCCAUCAGCAAUCAUGGAAGAAAAAGAGCAAAGAAAAUUGCUGCUGGUAAACUGGAAGUGUCUGAGGAGUCACUGUUUGAUGCCUUUAGGGUGGCAACAACUAUACAUGGUCGAUAUUACUCAGAAAGUCAUGCUAUGCUUGGACAGACAUAUGGAGUCUGUGUUUUACAGGAUUUUGAAGCACUCACACCAAACUUAAUGGCUCGUACUAUAGAGACAGUGGAAGGUGGAGGCCUCAUUAUAUUCCUCCUGAAAACAAUGGAUUCGUUACGACAGUUGCACUCUAUUACUAUGGACGUCCAUUCUAGAUUUAAAACAGAAGCUCACGAUGCAGUUGUGAACAGAUUUAACGAAAGGUUUCUACUGUCAUUGGCUGAUAACUCUCGUUGCUUGAUCUUGGAUGACACCUUAACUGUCCUGCCAAUAUCAUCCAAAACUGCGCAAGUUGAGCCUGUCGAUGUAGUACCAGAGCGAGUGAAUCCGAAGCUGACGGAAUUAGUGUCGUCUCUGUCUGACUCUCCUCCCGCAGGGCCGCUGGUGGCUCUCUGUCGCACUUAUGACCAAGCCACCGCAUUAGUGGCUCUAAUAAAUACGCUAGCUGACAAACAAGCGAGGCCUCCACAUUGCCUCACAGCCGCCAGAGGUCGUGGUAAAUCAGCCUGUCUUGGCUUAGCAGUAUCCGCAGCCGUAGCUCUAGGGUAUAUCAACAUUUACGUCACGUCACCACACCCGGAAAAUCUGAUAACGCUCUUCGAAUUCGUGCUGAAAGGAUUGGAUGCAUGUUUGUAUCAAGAGCAUAUAGAUUACAACAUAGUAAGAUCGUCCAAUCCGGACUUCAAGAAGGCUAUAGUCAGGAUUAAUAUAGCAAGGAAUUCUAGACAGACAGUGCAGUACAUAACCCCCGACGACCACUCGUUGCUGUCGGCGGCGGACCUCGUGCUAGUAGAUGAAGCGGCUGCCAUCCCCCUAGCGCACGUAUCGGCGGCGGCUCAACGCGCGCCCCUCGCCUUACUGUCCUCCACAGUGUCCGGGUACGAGGGCACGGGCCGAGCGCUAUCCUUGAAGUUGUUCGCUCAGCUGCAGAGCAAGCACAACGCGCCGAUGCCGAUUAAACUCGAGGAGCCCAUCCGCUACCGCACCGGGGACCCCGUGGAGUCGUGGCUGAACUCCCUCCUGUGCCUGGAGGCGCCGGCCCCCUCGGUGGGCGCGGGCGCUCCGCCCCCAGCCUCGUGUGACUUGUUCCGCGUCAACAGGGACGCCUUGUUCUGCUACCAUCGCGCUGCCGAAGCUUUCCUGCAUCGUCUCGUCGCUAUAUACGUCGCUAGCCAUUAUAAGAACAGCCCCAACGACCUGCAACUGUUGGCCGAUGCGCCCGCCCACUGUUUGUUCGUACUGCUGGCGCCUACGCCGCCCAACUCCACUUCCAUGCCGGAGGUUCUGUGCGUCAUACAGAUGUGUCUGGAAGGAAACAUAUCUGAGAAGUCUGUCAAAGACAGCCUCGGUCGCGGUAGAAAAGCGGCCGGCGACCUGAUACCGUGGAACAUCUGCGAGCAAUAUGGUGACAAAGACUUCCCCAAGUUAUCGGGAGCAAGAAUCGUUAGGAUAGCCACACAUCCCUCCUAUCAGCGGAUGGGUUACGGUAAACGCGCGUUGCAACAAUUGGCCUCAUACUAUGGCGGGGAUAUUCCUUGCCUCGACGAGGCUGCUUCUGAUGAUGAAGAGACGUCAGCGAACGGACAGAAAGGCAAUCUACACACAGAGACUAUAGUACCCAGAUCUAAACCGCCCACUUUACUGAAACGCUUGACAGAAGUGAGGGCAGAACAUUUGGACUACCUCGGCACUAGCUUCGGUCUUACAGAAGAACUGCUCAAAUUCUGGAAAUCGCAGAAAUAUGUUCCCGUUUACAUAAGUCAAAAAACAAACGAGCUGACAGGCGAACAUUCCUGCAUAAUGCUUCGUUCGCUCCACCAACACUCUUCUUGGCUCAGUGCUUAUAGUGCUGACUUCAGACGUCGUCUUUCGAGAUUAUUGGGCAGAGCGUUGAGGCAUUUACCGGCCCCUUUAGCGCUAUCUACUUUAGUGAUCGACGCUUCUACAGAUCGACCACAACUAACGAAACAGUUAAUAGGGCAACAGCUAUCGGGACACGACUUAUCCCGGAUAGAUUCGUACUGUCGCCAACAAGCAGACUAUCGUCUUAUCACUGAUCUAUUGACACCACUAGCGGAACUAGUCUUCCAUACGAAGAGCAAUAUCAAAUUGGACGCAGUACAACAGGUGGUAUUCAUAGCGAUGGGCUUUCAAAUGAAAGACGUAGAUGACAUAGCCAACGAAUUAGGUCUACCAGGCUCGCAAAUAUUGGCCAAGUUUUAUGAGGCUUGCAAGAAGAUUAAUGCAGCGGUAAAUUCGAUUCUAGAAGACACUGUGGCCCAGGAGAUCGGCAUAGAAGAUAAGACGGCAGAUGCGAACUCUGAUGGACCCGUCAAACAGAGCUUGCAAGACGAAUUGUCUAAAGCUGCAAAGGAAUUGGAAAGGAAACAACGUAAGGAGUUGUCUCGUUUGAUGGGCGAAGAUUUAGCGCAGUAUCGCAUCAAGGGCAGCGAUCUCGACUGGGGACAGGCUCUUAAGGCCUCUAGUCAAAAAACACUGGUCUCCGUUAAAAGCGGUGAAAAGAGGCUCGGAGAGGACAGCAAGGAGAUCGACGAUCUGAUAGACUCGCACGCCAAGAAGACCAAGAAGAAAAAGAAACAUAUAAGGAACUAGGCUCAAUAAAUACAUGUUAGUAUUCCAACCGAUCACUUUUAUUCAUAAAUCCUCUUAUGAUUCAAACCUUUAUUAGCUGGUAAUUUACACAGAAACCUUACACCACCUUACAGAAUAUCACAGUAAAAUAACAAUAUCUUUGAUGGUGGUGCUGUGUUUUUGUUAGUUAGAAAGUUCCCAGGUCUCUAUGGGGUAGGUAAGAGUCAGGGUAGGCAAUUCGCGUGUGAUAUUCUGGAAUCGUUAAGCUUUAUGUCUAUAGGCUAUAGUUAUCGCUUACCAAAAGGCGGGUCAUAUGCUUGUUUGAUGCAGCAAAGGUAUGUGCUGUUUGCGCAUAAAGUUAAACUUUUGCUAGCAAAAAAAUGACAAUACUUACUUUUGCAUCCUUACUCAGGCACGUCGAUAAAAAUUCAUAUUUAAUUAAGUCACGUGUAUUCACUAUUGCCAUACGGAAGAAAACUGUCAAUUUAUCCCGCCAGAAGCGCUGGCGUCGAAUGGCCCAUAGCAACAAAUCGAAACAGCUGUCAAAAUCACGAGGAAAACCGACUAUUUCCGUUCCAAACUAUGCUCCAGGUGCAACACAUGCCAUAUUUGACAUAAGUUUCAAACAUUUUACGUCAAUAUUGAAACGUCAGGGUAAAAAGUUACACUCAGAGUGUAGGUUUAUAACGCAGCCUUGAAGUGACAAGUCGCUUGUUAUAAGCCAAUUGGCCAAAGCGCCAUCUGUAGUGAGCUUUGCUUUUU